GCCUCGCGCUCUCUGCAGCUGUCUCUUCCUGGUUUCACGAAGUCAACGCGUUUUUUUUGCGUUUUUUUUGCGUUUUUCUGCGUUUUUCUGAACACAACAAAGACUAAAAGUGGACGAGAUUCGCUGAACUUCCUCCAGAAGUGUUUUCAGACUGAAGUUUGAGUCUAAAGUGCCGUUGAAGAGUUAAAUGUGCCGCGUUCAGACUUUAAAGUGAAGCGAUCUUUUUCCAUUCAGCGGAUUAAACUUCAUCAAACAUGAAGCUGAAACUGACUUUAUUCUGUCUGUUCAUCGCUUUAACACAGGCUGUCAUUCAUCCUCCUGCACACACUGAACAUCCACACUACUCGUCUCUCAGGUCCAUGCUGGACGACUUCGACGUGCUGCCUCUCUCCAGCCUGCAGACUCACUCCGUCCGCCGCCGCGACGUCCAAACUCAGACUCACGUGGAGAAGCUGGUCAGCUUCGACGCCCUGCAGAGGCAGUUCAGACUCUACCUGAGGACCAACGACGAGCUCUUCACCGAGGACUUCAGAGCCGUGAUCGUGGACGAGGACGGACGAGAGCGAAGCUACUCGGUCAACAGACACAACUACUUCACGGGACACGUGAUCGGUGAAGAAAACUCUCGAGUUCAGGCUCAUAUAGACGACCACGAGUUCUCCGCUCACAUCCUGACUAAUGAGGCGGAGUACAACGUCGAGAUCAUCAUAGAGAAGAGUCCGACCGCAGUGGCUGCUGGGAAAAGUCACUUCAACAUGAAAGGCAGUCCGGUGGAGGGGAGAGACAUUUGGGACGUGAAGAAGCUUCUGGAGCAGUUCAGCAUCGACAUCGCAGAGAAAGCCGCCAACGUCUGCCUCGCUCACCUCUUCACCUAUCAGGACUUUGACGAAGGCACUCUGGGUCUGGCCUACGUCGCCCCGUCCAAACCCGACAUCCCCGGAGGUCUCUGCUCCAAAGCUUGUCCUUCGUCUGCGAACGAACAGAAAGUGAUCUACCUGAACACGGGCCUGACCAGCACCAAGAACUACGGGAAAACCAUCCUGACGAAGGAAGCCGACCUGGUGACGACUCAUGAGCUCGGUCAUAACUUCGGGGCAGAACACGACCCCGACAACAUCCCGUACUGCGCCCCCCGAGAGGACCAGGGGGGGAAAUACGUCAUGUACCCCAUCGCAGUGAGCGGAGACCACGUCAACAACAAGAUGUUCUCUAACUGCAGUAAGCAGUCCAUAGUGAAGCGUCUGAGGACGAAGGCGCCGUCCUGCUUCAAGCAGAGGAACAUCAACGUGUGCGGUAACUCUCGGGUGGAGCAGGGCGAGGAGUGCGACCCGGGACUGCUGCACAUCAACUCGGACCCCUGCUGCACCACCGACUGCAGGCUGAGAGCCGGAGCUCAGUGCAGCGACAGGAACAGUGCGUGCUGUAAAAACUGCAGGUUCGAGUCUGAAGGUGAAGUCUGCCAGGAGCCCAUCAGCGCCACCUGUAAAGGUCACUCGUACUGCACAGGAAACAGCAGCGAGUGUCCGCCACCGGAGAACGCGCCGGACCAAACCGUGUGCCUGGACAGCGGCGAGUGUCUGAACGGAGAGUGUAUCCCUUUCUGUCAGGCUGUCCUCAAACUGCAGCCGUGUGCCUGCAACGGUACACACACUUACACACUCUUACACACACUAACACAC